AUGCUCGCGUUUACCCGCCUCACCAGCGUCAUCUUUUUCGUUCUCUCUUUGAGCUGGUUGGUUUGCGCGCUUCCUAGGCCUACACCUGUGAUGCAUGGUCAAAAACCUGGAACGGCGCAUGCACUUUCGGUGCGUGGACACCAUGAGGGUGCAGGAAAUAUAAAGGUCUUGCUGGGUGCCGUAGUCGAUCUCAAAGCCAAGGUUGUUGCUCGUGCUGAUGUGAUCAGUAACAUCCAAAUCGGCGCUCACGUCCAAGCCCAAGCCGAGGUAGACCGCCUGAUCGCCGAUAUCGAGCUCUGCUCGAGUACGAUCGCCGAAUUGAAAACCCUGAACAUCGACGCUCAGUUAAAAGCUUCGAUCGCCGGACACGUUCUCGUUAUCAUCAAGGCUAUUAUUAAAAUCUGCGGUUCACUCAGUGUCAAGUUUGGAAUCCAAGUGUUCUUCGAGGUUUUCGCCAAACUUGACGCGAGUUUGAAAGUUUUGCUUCGUGGGCUUGAUGGAUGUAUGGAUGGCUUCCUUGUGAUCCUUGCCAAACUGUUGGUGGAGGCUGAUAUGAGAGCGCUUGCCGAGGCUAAACUUAUUCUCUGCCAUGAUAUGUUGGUUCUGAUUCGCGCUGCCGUCGGGAUCGUGAUUGGUGCUUAA